AUGGAGUAUAGCGAGCUGCCCCAAGCACCCAGGCCCUGGCAGGCGCCGCCCGCCUUUGUGGCCCAUGCCUUGCUGGCGGGCUUUGUGUCACGGGAGCUGCGCUGGGGCCUCUGCAUCGCCCCGCUGCGCCUCGUCAGCAGAGACUGGCGGGCCGCGGUGGACGGCGCCCUGCCGGUGCUGGCGCCGCGGCCUCACGUGCCACCAGAUGAGCUGGCGGCCCUGGCCCGCCGCUUUGGCGGCGGCCUGCGGCUGGCUGCAUCCCAGCACGCCGCCGCCCUGCAGCAGGUGGCCGAGGCCUGCCCCGAGCUGGUCAGCCUGGCGCUAGUAAAGUGGGGCCUGCUGCUGGAGCCAGCCUCCCUGCAGCCGCUGUCCAGGCUCAGCCACCUCAGGCGCCUGCACCUGUCUGCCAGCGCCCUGGUGCUCGGCUCCCCGGCCGCCCUGCCCCAGCUGCCCCAGCUGCGCAGCCUCCGGCUGGCCUGCCGAGCCGUGCGCGGCGCCGGCCACGCCGUGCCCCUGACUGACAAGCGGCUCCCUGCGCCUCCACAUGUGCUGGGGGAUGCAGCCCUGGCCGGCCUGAGCGGCCUGACUGAGCUGGACCUUUCUAUGGAAGGUCUAAAGGAAGGCACAGCCGCAGAGCUGCUGGCCGCCGUGGCGCAGCUGCGGCAGCUGCACCAGCUGGGCCUGCGUCCGGAGCUUGCCAUUCCCGGCGCCGACUGGCUGCGCCUGUCUGCGCUCCAACACCUCACCAGCCUCAGCCUGAGGUGGCUUGCCGAGGAAGGGGCCGAGGGGGAGGAGGCCGCCACGCCGCUGCUGGCGCUGCUGGCUCAGCUCGGCUGCGGCCGGGGCGGCGGCGGCGGCAGGGGCGGCGGGCUGAGGCAGCUCAGCUUGGAGGCACGAACGCAGGACGGCGAGACGCCCGUGGUGCCGCUGCAUGCACUGUCAGCUCUGGAGGCGCUCACAUGGGUGGCUCCAAACCUGCAGGCGCACACUCGGGCGGUGGCGGCCAUCGGGCGGCGCCUGAGGGGCCUGCGCCGGCUGGACCUUGUGGUUCUGGAUGUGCUGGAGACGGCCCUUGUGGAGCUGUCUGGCCUCACCCAGCUGACCUCGCUGUCCCUCCUCAACGCUCACGAGCUUGGCGGGCAGGCGCUGGCGGCGCUGCUGCCGCUGACCCGCCUGGCCAGGCUCAGCCUGUCCAUGACCGUGCUCAACGAUGCCAGCCUGGAGGCGGUGCUUCCAGAGGCGGAUGACUGGUCGGCGGCCCAGGCUGCGGCCAGGGCUGCCCCUGGGGCCAGCACCACCAACAUGAGAGGCGCGGGGCCGGAGGCGUUGGGUGAUGCAGAGCAGCCCGGGCCGCCGGUGCUGCCAGGCCUAACCUACCUCUGCCUGCAGCAGCACCACCUGCUCAGUGGCGCCGGCCUUGUCCGCCUGGCUACCAGCAUGCCCUCCCUGCGCCACCUGGUGCACCUGGGCUGGCCCAACCUGGAGACUCAGCACCUGCAGCGCCUGCUGCAGCGCUGCUCCCAGCUGCAGCUGCUGCAGACCACUUGGCGACCCUCGCCCGCCCUGCCGCCCCUGCCUGAUGGAUUUGCGAAAAAGGGGGAGGAUGCGAGUCAGGAGCUAAGGCGUGCGGUGAAGCUGGCGAUGCAGCAGCACCAGGUGCUGCAGGAGAAGCACGACAACAGCCGGGCCCUGUGCCGGGCAUGGCCCCUGAAGCUGCAGCACAGGCAAGCCGCCUGCCGGAUCCCGUAUUACCACAGCAUGCCGAGCGACGAGUUUGAUGCCGUGCAGGCGCUGGCAGAGGCGGGGGUGGCGCUGUGA